AUGCGUGAAAAAGUCCGGUUAAUAGUGCUACUCAACGCGCCUUUCAAGGGAGACGAGCUACCACUUCACGCCGCGGAACGUGCUAAUGCAGGUAGCAUGCCAGGAGAGGCAUCGACACGCAAGGCCGAUGAAGAGGAUAAGCGCACUGACACGAACUUCCGUGAAUACGCACCAUCUUUCGCAUCGCUGUUGCCAAUUUGUCUGCAGACGUCACUUCUGUCGAGUCUGCGCACUUGGCCAGGAAGGCUGACAUAUAUUGCACGGCUUGAUUACCCGGUUAAUUUCGGCAAAAUUAGAAUCACAUACCACCCGCAACAAACGCUCGACCUCGCUAAAUUUGUUCACCAUCCGGAUAUAGAGGGGGAGGAGGAGCUCGCUCCCACACUACUUCGUUCAUCUCCCGGCUCCAUACUACUCGACCUAUACUAUUCAUCUGUUCUUCUCACCUCGUACACUUGGUUCCAACUCGAAGCUCAGCGUCACAAUCUUGUCAUCAUCCAUCUUCGCUCUCACUUAAGCUCUGCGCACGGUUUGGCUUCGAUAUGCAUUUCCGCCUUGCGGCUGCAGUAUUCAACCACCCUCACUCGAUAUCUCCGGUUGAAGAGGGCAGGUCGUGAGGACUGGACGAAGGUUUCGCGUCAUUCACUGGCCUACUAUACUAUCCAUACACCCUGGUUCAACGUCCUCGUGCAGCUGGCGAGCCUCAUUCGUGCACCUGCCGUUCUUGACCUCUCCACACUCCUGCAGGAUGAUCCUACACGCUCAUCAGCGAGAACGUGUCUCUCAUCUCUGGUGGCCAACUUGAAGCUCAGCGUUUGCAAGUCGCACGCACGCUUGGACGACCUGCCAAGAUCCUCAUUUUUGACGAGUGUACCUCAGCACUCGAUCUAG